UUAUUCAAGACGACAAUGCUUUUAUGAAACUGCAGUAUUAGGCUGGAUACAUUGUUAAAAAUAGCUCUAUGACUUCAGCAAUGCUCUAGGAAGAUCCAUGGUUCUCACCCUCCUCAUCUCAGCCUAUAAACUCUGCAGGUAUUUCAACAUGUUUAACCACGAGCGUCUUAUUGUGCCUGGAUAUGUAAACAACAUGUGCUGGUGGCAGACCUCCGGGGGUACAAGCAAAAGCCAUGAGGUGUCUCCAGGAGCCACUGUAGAUGUGCAGAUUGCUUUGGACAGGGUCCUUCCUGACCUGCAUGUGGCCAUUUCUAACCUAAAGCAAGCCAUGUGUGAAAAGAGCAUUUGUGACACCAUCACAGAGAUUUUCCAAAUGGUGGAAGAGGCAUGGGUGAUACCAGCAGUGGGAAGAGAGGUCGCCCAGGGCUUGUGUGAAACGAUCAGACUGGAGGGCGCACUAGACCUGCUUCUGGGCUUUCUCCAAUCAACAGAGAAGGAGGUGCAGUACAAGGCAUGUCAGCUCCUGGAGCAAAUCCUGGUGGCGGAAAAUAGGGAUCGAGUUGCUCGUGUAGGCCUGGGAGUGAUCUUAAACAUUGCAAAAGAUAGAGAUGACCCAAAACUUGCUAGAAGUCUCUCAGGCGUCCUAGAGCACAUGUUCAAACAUUCUGAAGAGACCUGCAAACAGCUGAUAUGCGAUGGUGGUCUUGACACAAUCCUUUUCUGGUGUCGCUGGACAGACCCGAUCAUUCUGAGGCACUGUGCCAUGGCCCUGGCCUACUGUGCCAUGUAUGGAGGACCUUCCAACCAGCGCCUGAUGAUUGAGAAGAAAGCGGCUGAGUGGUUAUUUCCACUGGUAUUUUCCAAAGAAGAUGACCAGAUUCGAUUUCAUGCUUGCCUUGCAAUCACCGUAUUGGCAACUAACAAAGAGAUUGAAAAGGAAGUGGAAAGAUCAGGUACCCUGGAACUGGUUGAACCCUUUAUCUCUUCUUUGGACCCUCAGGAAUAUGCACGUUCUCUUUUAAACAACAGUGACAACACACAGGGAAGGACAGCUGGUGACCUCCAACGGCUUGUGCCGCUGCUGGAUAGUUCACGGUUAGAAGCACAGUGUAUUGCAGUUUUCUAUUUGUGUGUAGAAGCCGCCAUCAAGUCCCAACACAAGAAUACAAAGAUAUUCACUGAAAUUGGAGCUACACAAAGCCUAAGGCGGAUUGUUUGUUACUCAGCAGACUGUACAGUUUCUGCCCUGGCUAAAAAAGCCCUCCGGAUGAUGGGAGAAGAGGUCCCGUCCCGCAUUGCAAGUUCAGUACCUAACUGGAAACCUCUGGAAGUUCAAAACUGGCUGCAGCAGAUUGGCUUUGACAAAUUUUCAAGGGCAUUUAUGGAACAUCAGAUUGAUGGUGACCUACUGCUGAGGCUGAGCGAGACAGACUUGAAGGAAGAUUUGGGUAUGACCUCCAGUAUCAUCAGGAAGAGGUUUUUACGUGAACUUGUAGAGUUGAAGACCUUUGCAAACUACUCUACGUGUGACCGCAGUAAUCUGGCUGACUGGCUGGGCAGUCUGGAGCCUAGAUUUAGGCAGUACACUUACAAUCUGGUCACAUGUGGCAUUGACCGCAACUUCCUGCAUCAUGUGACUGAGCAGCAGCUAGAGAAGGAUUGUAACAUUAACACCGGCUUCCACCGAGUCCGUAUAUUAAAUGCAGCAAGAGAGAUGCUGCACUCCCCCCUGCCAUGCAGUUUGGGUAAAUCAAGUUAUGAUGGCCCCGAUGUCUUUAUCAGUUACCGGCGGAGCACUGGAUCACAGUUGGCCAGCCUCCUGAAGGUACAUUUAUAUCUACACGGCUUCAGUGCAUUUAUUGAUGUAGAAAAGCUGGAGGCAGGGAAGUUUGAGGACAAACUGAUUCAGAGUGUGAUCAGCGCAAGAAACUUUGUCUUGGUUCUUUCUGCUGGAAGUCUGGACAAGUGCAUGGGGGACAAUGACUGCAAAGACUGGGUACAUAAGGAGAUUGUCACAGCAUUAAACUGCAGCAAGAACAUUGUGCCAGUUACUGAUCACUUUGAUUGGCCAGACCCAAUGAGUCUCCCUAAGGACAUGAGAGCAGUGUUGAAGUUCAAUGGCAUCAAAUGGUCUCAUGAAUACCAGGAUGCAACCAUUGAAAAGAUUAUUCGCUUCCUGCAAGGCCGCUCCUCUCGAGAUUCUUCUGUUGGCUCUGAGAACAGUCUAGAUGGUACUCCACCUUUAGGUGAGAAGUAGAACACAGAAGCCAAACUCCUGACAAGUGAUACCUGUAGGAUGUUCCUGUGCCUGUUUGUAGUACCUGGCCUAUUCGUGCUGUGCUCUGGGGUAACUCCCACUUUUCUUCAAGCUUUCCGCUCUUCCUGCUUGGUCUUUUCCUUUCAACACCUUCAACUUUCUCAGGAGAACUAAGAGAACCUACAGUGCUGGUAAAUAGAAUCAUUCUGUAGCAUGUAUGCACUAGGGUUACAUGGAUUAUACUAUCAAAGAUCACAUUUUACUCAAGCACCAUCAGCCGAAAAACAGGGUCUAUCUUGAAAUGCAUUUACUUA